AUGUUUCAGAGGGUCACCGUGGCCAAUGUGAUAUCUUUCAGCCUUUGGGUGCGACCAUCAGCGGCAGUGGCGGACAAAGCAACCUACAUUCUCUUCCAACCCAACUUGGUUCAGAUAAUUUCCGUGGUGUUUGCAAACAUCACUCUGCAGCCCAGUGAGAGUUAUCACCUGGCGUUCAUUUAUGACGGUGAGAAGCUGUGCAUCCACGUCAACAACACCCUCGCCUCGCCUGGGGUGACACUAUCGGACUCUGAAGCUGGCUUGGAUGUAGGUUCCAACUACAACGCCGCGCAAUCAAGUUGGAAGGGCACCAUUGAUGAGCUUAAAAUUUACGAUCACGCCCUCAGCCCAAUUGAGCUUGCGCUCCUCAGUAGCUCCGCAGCCACAGCCAACGAUGUGCCAACCUCGCAGUUUGAGGUCGAUGGAACCAUCUUGUCAGCAACGUCGUAUACUGUGCCAGCCUACCAAAAUGUCACCCUGACAGCGGUGGUGAACGACUCCGGCAAGGCCUUCUCUGGCGCUCCGCAGGGCAUCGGAUACGCCGACGGGUUCGGUUACACAUGGCAGGCCCUCAGCACCACCUGCGGCGGCAUCACGAUCACCUCACCAAGGUCGAGGAGCACGCAGAUGUCCUUCAAUGAUGUCAGCUCCGCCACGGUAAACACCCCUAACCUAAAUGACAUGUCACACACGCCCUGA